AUGGCCUGCAGUGUAGAUCCUUUAGUUGUGGGAAGAGUGAUAGGAGAGGUGGUUGAUAUGUUCAUGCCAACAGCUAGCAUGUCUGUCAACUAUGGUUCCAAACAUGUCAGCAAUGGCUGUGAACUCAAACCCUCCCUCACCACCGUCCCUCCCUCCGUCCACAUCUCCGGCCGCCCCACCGACCUCUUCACUCUUGUCAUGACUGACCCUGAUGCUCCUAGCCCUAGUGAUCCUACCAUGAGAGAAUGGGUUCACUGGGUGGUUGUUAAUGUUCCAGGAGGAACAGAUGUCUCUCAAGGUGAGGUGGUGGUACCGUACAUGGGUCCACGGCCACCGGUGGGGAUUCACAGGUACGUGUUUGUGCUUUUCCAUCAGAAGUCACCGUUUCCGGCGGUGGCGCCGCCGGAGUCCAGGGCUAACUUUUGUACACGUGCCUUUGCUGCUCUGUAUCAACUUGGCCUUCCGGUCUCUGCUGUCUACUUUAAUGCCCAGAAAGAACCUGCCAACAAGAGACGCUAAUAAGUUUUUCAUGCAUGGUUUUAGAUUUAUAUAAUAAUUAGUGUUUCCUUAAUAAUUUUUACUUGUUGGGUUUUCAUAGAGUUUGCUGUUAUUGGCUUUGUAGGUUUGUGGGAUUGUGAUGGGGUUUCUAUACUCUCUUAAAUUCUCUCUCUCUCUCUCUCUCUCUCUCUCUCUGUUGUGUUUACAUAUAUGUAUGCAUCUAUAAAAUUAAAUCUAG